UCCAGUUUGGAAAUCAAAUCAACAAGACCUGAGAAGCACUCACUACCUUCGCCGUUGAACUUUGAAGAACGCAUCCAUCUAGCAAAAUGGACCCUUGCGAUUGCUCCAAGACUGGAACCUGCAAAUGUGCUGCAUCGUGUUCAUGCACCAACUGCAGCUGCACCACUUGCAAGAAGAGCUGCUGCUCUUGUUGUCCCUCUGGAUGCAGCAAAUGUGCAUCAGGCUGCGUGUGCAAAGGGAAGACCUGUGACACGGGCUGCUGUCAGUGAGGCUUUGAACUUCUGUGCCUUAUCUCUUUGAGGGAUGGAAUCUUCCUUUGAUUAACUGUUUUGCACCUGUGAUGUCUAUAUGCUCUAUUUUGUAUGUUAUUCGGUGAUUAAAUGUUUCCAUUGAUGUAACUCUAA